GGUGUGGACUUCGCGGCGCAGGCGCAUUGGCAGUCUGGAGGGCCGGGGCGCCUGCGCAGUGGUUCGUCGUCAGGCGGCAGCCAUGGCGGGUCAAGAGGAUCCGGUGCAGCGGGAGAUUCACCAGGACUGGGCGAACCGAGAAUACAUUGAGGUCAUCACCAGCAGCAUCAAGAAAAUCGCGGACUUUCUCAACUCGUUCGAUAUGUCUUGUCGUUCAAGACUUGCAACACUAAACGAGAAAUUGACAGCCCUCGAACGGAGAAUAGAGUACAUUGAAGCGCGGGUGACAAAAGGUGAGACCCUCACCUAGAGCUACGCCAUACUGCUGCUGGGAAGUUGCUUCAUGGAACACAGGCCGAUGUGGGAAAGGCCCCAGCAGCCUCAGCUCCUUCCUCUCUCCUUAAAGAGCUACAGGGCUUAUUCCUGUUUUUGGUUUUUAUUAUUUUUUUUUCAAAAGCGUGGCCUUUGGGUUCUGCCAUGUACGUUGGUGUGUGAUGUGGGAUGUGGGAAGACAUCCAGGGAAGCUCUUGGAAUCAACAUUAGGCAUUUUAUCUUUGAAGUAACAUUUUGUAGAACUAUCCAUCAGUGUAUGAGGCGCUCAGAGCCAGACGCCUGGGACUCUUUGUUAAGGUCCUCCCCACCUCUCUUUCUCUAAGACUUUCCUUACAGCUCUCAUUGCCUCUGCAUUGAUUCUAGAAACAGUCUUUGUCUCCUUUUUACCUUUGGUGGGGGUUGGGAGGCAGUCCUGGCCGAGACACUUAUGCCCUGGCAAGGUGGCCGCCAGAGAAUGUUGUUGCUAACCCACCAGUUUCUUGUCCUUUUGGGGAGGUAAAGGCCAGGCCCCCACUUGGCUUGAAGGGACAUUUUCAGAAUUUUCUUUCUGUCACUUGGGGUAUCUUUGCCUCUCAUAUUUCUCUAAUAAACUCCUCAACUUUAUCUGACUGCUGUGAUUGUGAUGGGGAGAAGAGCUAGAAAUUGGACAUGUGUGAUUAUUAUUCUAAUAUAAAACUUUCAGAUGUAUCUCUUUGAUCAAAGCCUAGGUGGCUUACCAGCUGGAGGGAUCCCCCACCCCCAUGUUUGGACUUCGAGCUAAUUCAUCCUGGGAAUCAUUUGGUUAUUCAGCAGACAUUUAUCUAGUACUUACUAUGUAGGUGCAUUAUGCUCCAAUAAAAGAUAAGCAUUGAAUCAGG